ACGGUUCAGUGCCAUCUUCUCGGCGAAGUUUUUCCGGACCUUCCGGACUCCGUGUGCGUGGCGCCCCCUUGUGGUCCCUUGGUUAGAGGUCGGACCUUGUUGCUUGACCUAAAUGAAGAAAAGAAAGCGUGCCACUUCAGGACGUGUGGCUGCACUCUGUGGGGCUCAGGGGGCGCGGGGGCUGUACCCACGGGCGGCUGAGGGCACGUGCGGGUGACAUCUGUUCCGGUUGGACCAAGGGAACGGGAGCCAGAGAGGCCAGAGCUCUCCCCCGUUAGCUUCGCCAUCGCAUCGGACUUGCAGCUUCACUAGGCCACUUCCAGCCAUGAAGCUCCUUUUGCUGACUCUGGCCGCACUGCUGCUCUUGUCCCAGCUCACUCCAGGUAGCACCCGAAAAUGCUGGAAUCGUCAUGGCAAAUGCCGCCAGAAAUGUUUCAGGAAGGAAAGGGUCUAUGUUUACUGCACAAAUAAUAAAAUGUGCUGUGUGAAGCCCAAGUACCAGCCAAAAAAUCUUCCAUGGAAAGCUUAAGUUCCUUGAAACCUGAAGUCAUCAAAAGGCCCGUGAAGCUACGCUGAGUCUGACCACAGUGGAUUCUCAAUCUCUGUCAAUAAACACUUCUGGCUGACCCCUAUGUUUGCCUGUUAGUCUAUCCAGCGGUUCUCAGGAAGUCCUCUUAUAGAUGGUCCAUUAAGUCAAAACUGUUUUCAUUAUAAUAAUAAGACAUUACUUGCCAUUUUAU